AUAAAAAUAAACAAUAUGAACCUUCUGGUAAAGCUUCAUUAAGUAAAAAGUCAGAUUCUUUAAAAUUAUCUGAAGUAAAAUUCUAUAAAAAUAAAAGUAAUCCUAAUCUAAAAUGGAUAGAUAAUGGAAAUGAUACUUGGUUAGAAUAUAGAGAUAUAGAUGAAACAUUAAUCAUAUUUUGUAG